AUGACCUUUCAGGAUGACGAGCUCUCUUAUGCCUUGGGGAAGCAGGGCGGCACCCGAAAGAAGCUCGAGCGAGCAUCAGGAGCGGUGUUGUCUCGGUUCCAGCGAACCAUCGGUGAACUGCUAGUGAUGCUAGUGACCAGGGGUCCGUGA